AUGCACAAGGAGAUCCGCACAUCUGCGGAACUCGCGCCCCGGCGGUACCUCGCCGGCGUCUCGUUCGGCGUCUCGUCGACCUGCCUAGUGCAGAUGCUCGACGACACCGCCCGGCAUCAUGCCGCCAAGCAGUCCUCAAGUGCUUUUGAGCCGCUCAUUGUGCACGUUGACACGGACCUAGCCGCCGCGCCGACAAGGGAUGGCGAGACGCCCGCGCAACGCCUACUAGCCAAGUACCGCCGGCGCUACCCGCACGUCUCCUUCGACUGCGUGCAUCUGAGCAGGGCCAUGGCGCUCCGGACGGUGGACUGGUCCGCUUUGCUGCCAGCGGGUGUCACGGCCGCUGACUGUGGCGCGAGCGAUGAUGUUGAGAGGCUGCGCCGCCUCUUUGCCGCCCUGCCCUCAGUUACGUCGCGCGCCGACGUGCUGCGACAGCUCGUCCGCCACGUGCUCAUCGACACGGCACGCGCGCACGACUACUCGGUGGUACUCCUCGGUCACAGUACGUCUGCCCUUGCGGCGCUGACGCUCGCCGAGGUUGCCAACGGCCGCGGCUUCUCUGUCCCAGGGCAGGUCGGAGACGGGAUUCAGACGGUAUGCGAGUACGACGACCGUGGUGAUGAGACUGCGCGUGUUGCGUUCCCUGUUUACUACCCGCUGCGCGAAGUCCUCAAGAACGAGCUCGUCGGGUACGUUGACCUGAUCCCAGCGCUGGCCGAUAUGAAGCGCCUCCGCGAGCUGGACGGCAGCGCCGGCGGCGGCAGCUCUGUCGUCUCGCACAGGGACGUGAGCAUUGAGGAGGUGAUGCAGCGCUACUUUGACGGCGUCGAAGGCCCAUACUCGGGAAUCGUCGCCAACGUCGUCCGCACCACGGGCAAGCUGGAUCGCGUGGCGGGCGGCGCCUCCUGCCGACUAUGCAGCAUGCCCCUCGACGAUUCGGGCGACAACCGAUGGGCGGGUGACCUCGGCCAGGACUCCGGCGACUCGGCGGCCGAGAACCAUAGGGAAAAGUUGUGCUAUGGCUGUCGACGAGCCGUCAGCGGAUAA